UUUCACAAUUUUUUAAUCUCAAUAGCACGGUUUCAUGAUAUGAUAGAAUAGAAUAGAAGCGAAUAAGCCAUUGCCGUUACAGAAGACGCAGCAGCAACAACAAUGGAGGCCUCUAUACAGGCCACCGAGUUAAGACCAUAUUGCCCCUUAUGCUGCCGUCUCUCACGUCCCUUCUCUCUCUCACUAUCUUCACGCUCUUCUCUCCUUUCCCUAACUCCCCACAGAAGAAAAAUCAAGGCAAUCCAGAUUGGUGACAAUGGCCUUCGAAAUAGUGUGAUGCAUAGUAAUUGUGUCAGAGCAGAUUUAUGGUGUUCAAAGUUGACAUCUGUAGGGUUAAACAAAUACGACACUAAGACUCGAUAUGAACAGAAUCUUCGGUACAAGGAUCCAGUUUGUGAUACAUUUAUGAAGUUUUCAAAUUCAUCAACUAGCAUGAUUGAGGAAUUGACAGAAGAGAAAGAGCGGAGUACUUCACAUUCUUAUGAAAUGCAAGUUAGAAAAGUGGGUGUAGCUCCUUGUAAUCCUGAACUUUCUACAACUGCUGAUAGCAUGUUGGUGGAAAUGACAGAAGAGGAAGAGAGGAAUUCUUUGCAUUCCUAUGAAACACAAGUUAGGAAGGUGGGUGUGGCUCUUUGUAAUCCUGAUCUUUCCACAACCGCUACUGAAAGGAAAUUGUCUGGUGGUGAUAAAAGAGGAUGGGCUAUGGCAAAAAAUAAGUUAGCCGAAGAUAGGAAGGAAAUGAACAUCGCAAACAAAUUUGAGACGAAAAGUGAUGGCUCUCAAGUAUCUAAUAGAUUAACGUCCGUUAGUCGGAUACAAGGUUUUUCUACGAAGGGAGUUAGGAAUCUUGUACGACAGAAUCAUGGUGAACAUGUCCAAUCUUCAGUUAAAUAUUCCGUAUUAGACAAUUUAAAGACGCUUCCAGAUUCUGAAACUGUGGUCCAUCAGUUUGAUGAAUCUGCAUUGGAAAUCAGUCAAGAGAAAAUUCCUAGAGUUAAUGUUGACGACGUUUUGGAGGAAACUACAAAGGAUUCAACUGAUGCAACAUUUGCUAAAAAGGAAACUACAAAGGAUUCAACUGAUGCAACAUUUGCUAAAAAGGAAAGUACAAAGGAUUCAACUGAUGCAACAUUUGCUAAAAAGGAGCGUUGUCCUGACCAGUUAAAACUUCAUGACAGACUCUGUCGUAUCUAUGAAGAUAUUCUGGUGGUUGAUAAUAUUCCGCUUGCAGAAGAGGUUGUUAAGAUGCUCACAGUAAAGUACCAGCAUCUUAUUUAUGCAUGUGAUACCGAGGUAGCCAAGAUAGAUGUCAAACAAGAAACGCCUGUAGAUCACGGGGAGAUAACUUGCUUCAGCAUUUAUGGCGGUUCAGAAGCUGAUUUUGGAGGUGGAAAAUCUUGUAUCUGGGUAGAUGUUCUUGAUGGUGGAGGCCAAGAGAUUUUAGAAAAAUUUGCUGAUUUUUUCAGCAAUCCUUCCAUCAAGAAGGUUUGGCAUAAUUAUAGCUUUGACUGUCAUGUUAUAGAGAACUACGGAUUCAAAGUUUCCGGUUUUCAUGCUGAUACAAUGCACAUGGCACGGUUAUGGGAUUCUUCAAGACAACUAAAUGGGGGCUAUUCUCUUGAAAAACUAUCAGGUGACAAAAAGGUCAUGUCAAGGGCUCAGACGAACCAUGAAAAGGAUUUGAUCGGGAAGGUGUCAAUGAAAACUAUAUUUAGUAAGAAAAAGGUGAAAAAAGACGGAACCGAGGGUAAAGCGAUUAUCUUCACUCCUGUUGAAGAUCUACAGAGAGAUGAGCGUAUACCUUGGAUAUGUUAUUCUGCCUUAGAUGCUAAAAGCACUUUGAAUCUGUAUGAGAGUCUUAAAAGCUAUCUUUUAGACAUGCCGUGGAAAUUUGAUGGUAUACUAGUUUCUGGGAAAACCAUGUAUGAUUUCUACAAUGAAUAUUGGCGCCCAUUUGGGGAGAUUCUAGUCCAAAUGGAAGCUGAGGGAAUGCUAGUUGAUCGGUCAUAUCUUGCAGACAUAGAAAAGGUUGCCAAAGUAGAGCAAGAAAUAGCUGAAGAUAGAUUCCGGAAAUGGGCGUGUAGGUAUUGUCCUGAUGCCAAGUAUAUGAAUAUCGGAAGCGAAAUACAGCUGCGCCAGCUGCUUUUUGGUGGUACUGUGAACAGAAAAAACUCCGCUCUAUCACUUCCAACUGAACGAAUAUUCAAAAUUCCCAAUGUUGAUGGAGUGAUUGAAGAAGGCAAGAAGGCUCCUAAAAAAUUCCGUGAUAUGACGGUGAAGAGCCUCGGUUAUAACUUGAAGACAGAGAUGUACACAGCAAGUGGUUGGCCAUCAAUUAGUGGUGAUGCUUUAAAGGUCCUGGCUGGAAACAUUUCUUCUGAUUUUGACUUUACUGAUGAGGUUUAUAACUUGGAUCUUGAUGAUGAACACGGAAAUCCUUCUCAAAAUCAUAUUGAGGUUCCAAAAGGUGAUAAUUCUGCAUAUGGAACAGCCUUUGCUGCUUUUCCAACAGAGAGAGAAGGGAGAGAAGCUUGCCAUGCCAUUGCUUCUUUAUGUGAAGUCAGUUCAAUCAAAUCUUUGAUUUCAAACUUCAUUCUACCCCUGCAGGGACAUAAUAUAUCAGGAAAGGAUAACCGUGUUCAUUGCUCCUUAAAUAUCAACACGGAGACAGGACGCUUGUCAGCUAGAAGGCCAAAUCUGCAGAAUCAACCUGCUUUGGAAAAAGACCGAUACAAAAUCCGUCAAGCAUUCAUCGCUGCACCAGGGCAUUCUCUUAUAGUUGCUGAUUAUGGACAGCUGGAACUUAGGAUUCUUGCCCAUCUUGCCAACUGUAAGAGCAUGAUGGAUGCUUUUAAAGCCGGUGGAGAUUUCCAUUCAAGAACUGCUAUGAAUAUGUACCCAUAUAUUCGUGAAGCAGUUGAGAAAAAGGAAGUGCUUCUCGAGUGGGAUCCUCAGCCUGGUGAAGAUAAACCCCCAGUUCCUCUAUUGAAGGAUGCGUUUGGUUCUGAAAGAAGAAAAGCUAAAAUGCUUAACUUCUCAAUUGCAUAUGGAAAGACUCCAGUAGGGCUAUCUAAGGAUUGGAGGGUUUCUGUGAAAGAGGCUAAGAAAACAGUUGACCUUUGGUACAACGACAGAAAAGAAGUUUUGCAAUGGCAAGAAGAGCGUAAAAAAGAAGCUCGUCAAUUUUAUUGUGUCUACACAUUGCUAGGGCGAGCCCGGAAAUUCCCCUUGAUGGCCCAAGCUAAUACCUAUCAGAAAGGUCACAUUGAGCGUGCUGCUAUUAAUACUCCAGUGCAGGGUAGUGCUGCUGAUGUUGCCAUGUGUGCCAUGAUACAGAUUUCCAAUAAUAAAAAGUUGAAGGAGCUUGGAUGGAAGUUACUUCUACAGGUUCACGAUGAAGUCAUAUUGGAAGGACCAACAGAGUCGGCUGAGAUUGCGAAAUCCAUAGUUGUUGAGUGCAUGUCCAAACCCUUUUAUGGCAAGAAUAUUCUUAAAGUCGAUCUCUCUGUUGAUGCCAAAUGUGCUCAAAAUUGGUACUCAGCAAAAUAGGUAUAACUACAUGACUGUUUAUAGAGGUUUUGGUUCCACUGAUGUUUUGGUAAAAUAUUAAGCCAUAUAUCAUCACUCUAACUUGGGAGGAAGCAAAAGGCAAAAACCGGUGGCUUCGACUUUUUACUGAUUUAGGUGGCAUGGUUUUUUCAUGGUUUGAAUUCGUAACUAUUUUUCAUGCCUUGCAUCAUGUACCAGUAUGGUCUUUUUGUUUGAUGCAAUUGCAAGUAUAUAAAUAUGAGCCCUGUUGAAAACUUUGCAGCACUCUGCUUAGUAACUAGUGAGACUAUUUAGGUUACAGUUUUCAGUAGGAAUCUAUUUCAGGGAGAAUUUAUGAUAUUUUGUGUUAGAGAUUUUGGAAGAGUUUAUUUAAACUCAUUUAAGUUACAUUUAAAAAAAUAUAUUCUGAUA